CGAUCCUAUAUCCUUGGCUGUGAUGUGUAAGCUAAUAACAUGAUCUGUCCACUUUUCUCUAUAUAUCGUUAUAAUCUUCGCUUUGCUUUCGCUUCAAUUCCAACCUCUAAAUCAUUAACUUCACCAACUCACCAUCUUCUCUGUUAAACAAACACACACACUGUCAUAACAAUAACAUCAACAACAUUGUUAAUUCUCUAUUUCUUCUUCCUCUCUCUUCACAAAAAAACAAAAACAAAAAGCAAAACAAAAGAAAAGAAAAGAAAAGAAAAUGUCUUCUCCACCUUCAACUCCAAAUUCCAUUCCCUUUCUCUUUUUCCUUCUUUCUCUAUUUCUAACGUCAGUUUCAUCUCUCCAAUGUUCGACACAGAAACUAACAGGAACAAAGGUCUACCCAAACUGCAUAGACCUCCCCGUACUCAAUUCCUUCCUCCACUAUACUCACGACCCAUCAAACUCCACUCUAUCUGUCGCUUUUGUUGCGGCCCCGCCUAAUCCGUCCGGUUGGAUUUCAUGGGGAAUAAACCCAACCGGAACAGGGAUGGCGGGUGCCCAAGUUUUGGUGGCGUUUAAAAAUAACGGUGUUAUGGCGGUGAAAAAGUUGAACCUUAAGUCUUACAGCAUUAUUAUACCUGGGAAUUUGUCGGUUGAGGUUUGGGAUAUUAAGGUUGAGGAAGACGGUGGUUUAAUGAAGAUUUUUGCUACCGUUAAGGUUCCGGUUAGUGUUGACAGCGUUAAUCAUGUUUGGCAAGUGGGGCCUUCGGUAACUAACGGCAUGAUAGGUAGGCAUGAGUUUAAUCCGGAGAAUUUGAAUUCUAAAGGGAGACUUAGCUUUAAUGGAGAUAAGGGUUCUGAUGAUGAUUCUAAUGCCCCUGUCGACUUCACCACCAAGAAGAAAAAUAUUCAUGGAGUACUAAAUACAGUGAGUUGGGGUAUAUUGUUUCCCCUUGGAGUAAUCAUAGCAAGAUACAUGAGAAUAUUUCCAUCUGCUGAUCCAGCUUGGUUCUAUCUUCAUGUUGGUUGCCAAUUAUCUGCUUAUGUUCUUGGUGUUGCUGGUUGGGCAACUGGCAUGAAACUUGGAAGUGAAUCAGAAGGAAUUCAAUUCAGUGCUCAUCGCAAUAUUGGAAUUACACUCUUUUGUCUUGCCACUAUCCAGAUUUUUGCAUUGUUUCUGAGGCCAAACAAGGAUCACAAAUACAGAUUUUAUUGGAAUAUCUAUCACCAUAGCUUUGGAUACACUAUAAUCAUCUUGGGAAUUCUCAACAUAUUCAGAGGCUUUGACAUCUUGAACCCUCAAAAGAUAUGGAAAUCAGCUUACAUUCUAUCAAUUAUUGCAUUGGCUGUAGUUGCAUUGUUGUUGGAAGUGAUCACAUGGAUUGUUGUCUUAAGGAGAAAAAGUAGAAAUUCCAAUAAAACAUAUGAUGGGUACAACAAUGGACAAAACAGGCAACAACCCCACAGCAUAUAAUCAAAGUUAUCAAAUUUAGUUUCCCCAUUUUUUUUCUUAUUUAUUACAUGUAUAAUGCUUGGUUUCACAGUGUGCAUUUUAAGUUAUAUUGUAUUGGGGUACAUAUAUUUCACUCUCUAUAAUUAGGUUAGUGAAAAGUUUUAGGAUGCUUAUGCUUUUUCUAGAGGAUUGAUUAUGUUUUCUCUAUGUAUACUUUUGUUUCUUAAUUAAUCCUUUUAUCACGGUUCAAUUAUUGCAAUAAA